CACAAUUUUAGUCGCUUGUUUGGAUUUGUUUUUAAGAAUUUCGGAUUUUAGAGUUUUCGUAUACAAAUUAUUGCAUGUUGGAUUAUUUCAGUUUCUGAAGGAAAACAACUUGGUUCAUUAAUACCAAGAGUCACAAUAUGCAAGGAUUAGUAUUGAAGUAUGACAACAACAAAUAUGGUGUGCCCACUAGCUACAAAAAUGAUUUUCAAUCAAAGGAUCAUUUACGAGAGAACGUGCGUCGCAUGCGGCAGAUUCAGAGACUUAGCAAGAAACGAGAACAGGAAGCCCAUCAGCCAGUGAAGGGUAUCUGGAAGUCGGAGAAAUACGCCACAGUUGAAUCACGAAUCAAAGCAGAGAUACAGAAACCUUCAACUCCUCGACCUAGUUCGGCAACAUUCCUGAGAGCUCAUUCGCGUGCUGGACCACCCGUGAAAAUUGAGUCACGACCAUGCACUCCAGACCCCUCUGACAAAACAUCCGUCCCACCCGCCUCGACUGCAAACAACGUGAAGCUGAUUCGCCACGAUAUAGAUUUCAUCAAAGUGAAUGGUCGAGGUGCCAGGCAUGCUACAAUUCCACGAGCUCGAAGUAUGACGUCCCUGGACGACUUCAAAAAGAAGGAGCUAGAGUCCUACAAGUCUCAUGAAUUUGGAGAGGUUCCAAAAUACCUUAAAUGUCGCAAAAACCAGUGGAAGAAAGAAGAAGAAGAAAGAAUUGCCAACACGCCAGACCCUGCGAUGCCUCCCGGACAUAAAGUGAUGCCUAACUCGGAACGAGAAGACACUCUUGCUCUUCUCAAACAGAAACAAAAAGAACUGAUACACCAGCUAGGAGCGCUACCUUUAAGAAACGACACGUUCAGAAUCCGCACAUGUAAGCAGGAGCUGGAGACCAAGCUAGCCGAACUGGAAGAAGCAAUUAAAAUAUUUUCCCGGCCGAAGGUCUUUGUGAAGAUAGACUGAAAUCGGCUCAUAGUAGUGUAGUGUAUUUAAUUACCAUACAUUCCUUCGUCUGUGAAGUUCCAAGGACUCCACACAAAUAACAUUAUGUUUGUGCAUUCCUACAAGUAUUAGUAGACGAUAGAAGAUGGCGGACAACUCCUGUGAUACUGUGCUUCAGUGUAUAUUUAAUAAUAAGCUCACUGACUCUUAUUUAUAAUUUUAUCUAUUAGGAGAUACAAGUUAAGCCUGAUGAGUCAAAGACUUCAUAGGUUUGUCAUAUCGAGGCAAAAAGUGAUGUUACUUCUGCAUUGUGGUAGCCCAAAUUAAAUUUUACAUUCCAAUAAUUUUGUACAUACAAAAAACCACAUAUAUAUAUAUUGGGGAAUAAAACGAAGUUUGAGCUGUUACAAAUAUUAGAACGAUUAGAAAGACAUUGAAUAUACAGACAUCGAUCAAGUUAAGAAAAAAGUUUUCUCUUUUUACGACACCAUGAGAGUACAUUGAUUCAUUAUUAAUGAUCAGCUAUUGGAUAUCAAGCAUUUGGUAAUUGUGACGCAUAAACUUUAGAGGAAACCUACAACAUUAUUUCAUUCCUUACUAACCAAAACUAUUUAGGAGCCUAUAUCCACUGAAGGUUCAGGCACGUCGAUCCCGAUCGCCACCUUUGACUAUUGUUGGUUAUAUCGAUCGGAACCUUCCAUUGGUAGCAAGGGAUCUUUUAUACAUGUAUGCACCAUCCACAGACAGGAUAGCACAUAACUUUACUUAUUAUGUAAGUUCAGGGCUUUAGAUUGCACCACAGCUGAGAUGAUAAAACAUGUGCCGAAAAUAUCAAAAUAAGCACGCCUAACUUUAGUAUAAACAUAAUAACCUCAAAAUAUUUUCACUUCAAAACUAAUGGAAUGUUAAGCUGUAACUAAAUUAAAAUAAGUUUAAAUGCUUUUUUGAAUAAAUUAUGUGCAACUCUUUAUUAGCUAUUAUUAACAUUACUCCACUAAAAAGACCACAGUGUGCUCAAAAAGCCUGUUGUGCUCAAAUUUAUUAGAUCUAAAGCCCUGCAAGUCGUGGCUGGAACAAAAAUAAAAUCAGUGGGUCGGACAUUCUAAGCCAGAAAUGUAUUUAAUUUGUAAUGUUAAUCAUUAUAAGCACUCUGGUAGGCAAAAACUAAUCGGUGGCAGUAAAAAAAAUGUCUCUUUAACAGUCAUUAUGUUAGUUGGUUCCAUUUUUAGGCAAAUAAAACUCAUGUUAAGGUGGGGAGAAUGUACGUUUAAAUUUAAUUUCUGUUAAAGUAUGAUUUACAAACAUCUCUUGUCUUUGUGUUUGUCUGUCUGUCUGUCUGUCUGUUUGUCUCUCUCUCUCUCUCUCUCUCUCUCUCUCUCUCUGUAUGUGAAAAAAAUAAUUGUUAAUCUGUUAGUGAAUAAAAC